AAAUUAUCCUAUGAACACUUAUAUAUUGAAUGUUCACAAUUUACAUAUUAAAUGUUUACAAUUUAAAUUGUGAACAUUCAAUAUAUCGGGUCCACUUUGUAAGGUGGAUCUAAGUCCAUGGUAUGUAUAUAUAUUGAUGAGGGACAGCGCUUGGUAAUGAAGGUUUUCAAUUUAGCAAAGUUUGUCCAAUUGUUAAUUUGAUAAUCACAAUGUUUAAAGUCCGAUUUUGGUUUAAGUAGGUCAGUUAUAGGCUGCACAUCCUUGGAUAUUGUACUAGCUGGACUAGUGACUGAGUAACAUGAUUUAUUUGUUAUUUUGGUAGGAAAAAAACGUAUGAGUGUCCCCAAAGAUUACGGCGUCUGAAUGGGUGGCAUAAUGGCGAGGUAGAAUAGAGUGGAGAAAUAGCAGUAACGUAAGGGCAUGCCAGCAUCUUGUGUCUCCUAAACACAUCAUUAUUCUCCACUCAUAAUUAUAUUCACUCAAACACACCCUUAUACUUGAAGCAAUACUUAUGAAUUCCCUAUACUCUUCGUGUAUUAUAGCAUCCUCUUAAACUUCACUUAAAUCCAAUUAACCUACAUCUUCUGUUAACACAUAUAUGCAUGAUCCAGUUUUCACAACUAUCUUCCAUUCAUCAAGUUUAUACGCUGCAAAUUUCUCUUCCAUCAUCCAUCUCCUGCUAUUCAGCCCAACAUUGAAAAGUUGACCUCUUUUGGAACAGGAAACCCGCACAGCCGCACCCAUUACUUGCUGGGUGUGAACUGAUUGGAGGACAAGCCAGGAAAAUGAUGAUGCAGUAGUGGUGAUAGAAAUGGCUUCUUUAGCAGAGGAAAUCCCUGUAGGUUUUCAUGGUAAACUAGAUGCAGUUUCAGAUCAGCCUCCUCGUACAGAUGACUACAAUCAUGCAUCAGAUCCUGCCAAAAAACUUCAAAAUGCUGAAGAAGAAGAAGAGCAUCCAAGAAUGAAUGAGAAACUUCCAGACUUGAAAGAUUCUAAAAUCUCCGAGGGAGUUAACACAAAAACCUCCUUUCUCAACUACAAUGAAAUGCUCAAGAAAAUCUUGGCCAUAGAUGAUAUUCAUCAUGGCACUUUUGACAUCACAUCAGGGAAUGGAGUCUCUGAUGAAGCAUCCAAAAAUGGGAUUACAGCUCUGUUGCCUGCCAUUCAUUUGAAAAUGGAAGAAAGCGAGAGAAGGUUCGGCAAUGGUGAUCAAACAUGGAAGAAUAAUCUGCAGAUUGGGAGUUCUGGAAAAUCUCCAAGCUUCGAUUUUGGAGUUCCCUUUGAUGCUGCAAAGGGUUCAGGGUUUGAUCAAACGCCAUUGCUUCAUCCUUUUCGCAAGACGCCGGUUAGAAGCUUAUCCAUUAAUGAUUUCCAGGACAGGAUCAUUCAGACUAGAUAUGGCCGGAACUCAGUGGACUACGACGCCAAAUCUGAAGCUCCAUUUCUGAACAACAAGGAGAAUAUUAAUGGGAGUGAUGAUGAGAAAACGCAGGGGAGUUUUGGUUCUGAUGAUAUGGAUUAUUGGGCAGAGAAUAAGUUGAAGGGAAAUGGAAAGGCAAAGGGGAGGAACUCCUUCUUCAGCGCAUGCAUAUGCUGCAUUGCAUCAACCGAAUGAAAUUAAAACCUUAAUUUCUUAUUUGUUUUGUCUUCUUCCUGUUCUACAUAUAUUGAUGUUGUAAUAUUUGGCUCUGUUUCGUUGGUAUUUGUUACUAAACGUGACAAUGUGAUAUAAGUUUACAUGGGUUAACUUAGGCACAAUAUAAUCCUUGUGCUACACUACUUUGGUCAUGCCAAGUCAUUCUCCAUGUAAUUUGCUUAUGCCAGAUCAUCCCAAACUCAAAUUACUUUUAUUUAAAUAAAUUUAUAAUUAAAUUGAUGGUGUUAUAGGCCGAUGUAGUUAGCAUGAUAACCUAAGACUGAAUAGUUCUGAGCGCCAUUUGGAUAGUUUCGAAAACCAUCUGUGGCCGAGAUCCAGUCUUUGAACCAUCAAGUUAAUUGUAACUGUCCUAAGCAACACAAGCAUUCGUUAUG